UUAAGGUAUUCCUUAUUUAUCAGGUUACAGCACAGGAUAUUUCAACAAUGAUCCGCAGUGGACAAAGGAGCAUUAUCUUCCUCAUUAACAACGGAGGUUAUACAAUUGAAGUUGAGAUUCAUGAUGGCCCGUACAACGUGAUCAAGAACUGGGAUUACACUCGCUUUGUGGAAGCCAUCCAUAAUGGAGAAGGCAAAUGCUGGACUGCCAAGGUAUGGACAGAGGAAGAUCUAACAGAAGCAAUUGCAAUAACAACAGGAGCACAGAAAGAUUCACUAUGUUUUAUAGAAGUAUUUGCGCACAAGGAUGACACCAGCAAAGAGUUGUUAGAAUGGGGAUCCCGUGUUGCUGCUGCUAACAGCCGCCCCCCAAAUCCUCAGUAGAUUACUUGCUCCAUUCUAAUUUGUACAUUUUCUUGUGUUAUAUUUCAGCCUUGGGGGAUGCUUAGAUUGCUAAGGUGUUGCCCCCUGCUUUACCAAUGUACUAAGCUCUGUUGCAUGUAAACAUAAAAAUUCUGAGAUCCUGCUUCAACCAAUUUUCACUUCAAUAAAGAUACUGGCAUACAGCCAUUGUAAAUU